UGCGUCUCUUGAGAGAUUGACUGACAAGCAGUGUAGGCCUAGCAACACCAUAUUCACACAGUCUGGCGAGCAUCCCUCUCUGUGCAGCCGUGCAGCUGUCGCGAUGACACCCCUCCCUUGGCACCUCCAGUCGACACCUUCCGCGCCGCUCGCCGCCUCACGAGUGCUGCGGCAGGUGUCGGCCGGCAAGACGAAGGGAGGGCAUCAGCACGAUGCACGCACAGGCGACGUAUGACUCAAAACGUGCUGAGAGCAAAACGAGAGGCAAAACAGGCAGGCAGGCAGGCAGGCAGGCGCACACGCACUAGACAGACAGACAGACACUAUAUGUGUGUAUGUACACAUCCCUCCUCUCCCCUCCCUCCCCUGCUCAUCUCCCUCACACUCACACAUCAGCCGGCCAGCCAGUCCGUGUGGUAGGUACGCUGCUCGUCCAGCCAGCCAGCCAGUGAAUGGAAUAACCUUCCCUCCAUCCCUCCCUUUCAACAACACAAAAAACAUUCGCUUUGCGAAACCGUUGAUAUCCGGUCAGCUGCUCGCAAAACGGCUACGUCCCUCCCGCCCGCCGGCUCUUAACCGAUCUCUUUGCCGAGGAUGCAUUCCGCGGCUGACAGGUAUGUAGCACACACACAGAGAGAGGGAACCAUUCGUUCAAGGAGGGACGACGGGUGUGUACUCCAUAUAUUUAUGUGUGGCGUGGCUCACUCACUGGGUUUGAAUUUCUUGUCUGCCAUCUCGUCCUUUCUCAUGGGCAUGGUGUCGAUCUUGGCCAUUAUCUCCUUGGCGAAGUCAAUGGGCAGACUGCCGGCCGCCUUAACGCUGCCGUCGUAGCCCACCAAUGCCCACUGAUGGGGCUUCUUGCCGUCAUCUGCACACGCACACACACACACAGAGAGAGAGACCACCAAUGCAUUCAAUGUGUGAAGGGUUUUCUCACAGCCAUCCAUUCUGACCGUUUCUGAGGUAUAUUGCGGUGAUUUUGUCGGCGCUUGACGCGAACCAGACGCAGUCGAAGGUCUUCUGCAGCUUCACCUGGUCCGCACUCGGCAGCGCCACCACAAACUGCACAUUGCGCUCCUUCAGCUGCACACAGACACACCACACACAGGAUACAUGCACACACCACCCACAUGCCACCCAUUCGGGUCUGUCUGCACCAGCCAGUGCACUGCACCCACACUGACACUGUCACUUACAUCCUCUUCUAUUUUGGCGGCAGCGUCGAGUGCGGCCUGCACUUCCGCCAGGCUGCCCUGAAUGACGAUAGGGCGGUACCGCCACCUCGUCUCCCCCACGAAAUCAACAGGCUCGCCUGGCCGAUAGACAACACACACACACACACAGAGAAACGUAUUGGUGCGGAAGCAGCAACAGAGAGAGCCCGCCAGCAAGUUGGUCCCUCACCUGUUCCUCCGCGGCGCAUUCCAAAGCCAAGCGCCAUUGAAACCACACUCAGCACCACACAGGCAGCGAGCACCGACCCAAAGGGACGCAUUUUCUGUUUG